AUUAUUCUCAAAAAAAUUGUCUAAAAAUUGAGCCUGGCCAAUUACAAACCCAUACUUCCUCAAAAGCCAGAAUUACUUCAGCCCGUAUUCUUUUGCCCCCCCAGUUCCCACCUCGUUCCUUCAUUUCUUAGGAACAGACUGCGCACUCCCUCCUCCUCUCGUCUGCCCGACUGCCGAGUCCUCUCACCGUUCUUCCCUCUUUCUUUCUCUCUGCGCCCCUUCACUCUCCCCUCUCUCUCUCUCUCUCUGAGCGACUGCACCUUGGCCUCCACCGGUCCUCUACUCGUUAGCUGCUGUGCCUCAUUAGAGUCAUCCCUUCUCUCUGCCCUUGCUGCUCUGCUGUGCCUCAUUUCUUCCUCUCGGAACCAAACUGACCGAUUUCAACGCAGUUUAUGCGGCUAUAUUACACAAUAUCAAACGGAAAGAGAAACAAAACGACAUUUUGCUCAGUUGAACCGGCUCGUCAGCUUAGUAGCCUCAUUUCAACUCUACCUCUUUUACAGAAAUAUUAGCAUUCCACACGCUAAUUCUCGGAGCCUUCUUCUUGAAUUAUUCCACUUUGGUGUAAUAAAGGUUCUGAUACCUAAUUGAACUUUGGGCUUCUAGUAGCGGAGAGUUUACUCAAAAGCAAUCAUGGAUGUUGAUUCACAACCAACUAUGGAGGAAACUAUAUUGGUUGGAGAUGAUCUGAUGAUGGGGCCACCAUCUCCUCUCGUCCCACCAGAAAUUGCAUCUCAUGUGCUUGAAGGUGUUGAUUUGUGUGAUGGAAUUUUAAGGAACCUAUUUCUCUGUUUGCAAAUCAAUGACAUUGAGCCUUUCUGUCAAGAUGAGCUUGUUUUAUAUCGUCAGUGUGCUGAGAAGAGGGAUAUGGAAAUCAGGAAACGGCUUCAAGAUAGUGAGCGUAAAUUGGGGUUAUCAAUGCCCUUAGAUGAAGCAAAGGAAAGAGUUUCUCAGCUUGAAUCAGAAAUCACAUCACUGGAUAGGCGCCUGAUUCUUGCUAGUGGAAUUGAAGGCAUUGAAGGAUUUCGCCAGAGAUGGAGCUUGCAUGGUCGUCUUACUGAUACAAAGAGAAGGUUGGAAUCUUUAAAGCAGGGUAUUCAGAACAGAAAGAAGGAUGUGAAUAAGGAUGAGCCAGCACCAAGUUCAACUACCAAAAGAUGGUUCUUCUGGUGACAUUUUUGCUGCAUUUUUAUAGGGCCAUUUUCUAAUAAGCUCCAUCAGCAACCUUUGGCAUUACAAUGCUAAUGAACUCGAUACUGCCAAGAAGGGCCGGAAUUGAAAUGAAUUAUGUGUUACAAAUGCAAUUUCAAGGAUUCCUAUGAACACUCCAAAUCUGUAUCCAGUAUGCUGUGAUAGUACGUAUGGCAUGAAUCUUGUAUUGCUGAGGAGUCUGUGCAUGGACAAGGUCCACUGAUAGAGAUUGAUUCUAUAAUCAACAUGUAUACUCCACAGGCAAGAAGAGCUUGAGCACUUGCAUGAAAUAAUACAAGGAUUACAUGAAGUUCUCAGGAUUUUUGGAUUGAAAAAAAAAAAGUGAAAUAAAAUUUAUUUGCAGGUAUACUUGUA